GCUGCGGGCGGGCGGCCGGGCCGGGCGCGGAGCCUGGGAGCGGAGCCCAGGCCGUGCCGCGCGGCGCCAUGAAGGGCAAGGAGGAGAAGGAGGGCGGCGCGCGGCUGGGCGCCGGCGGCGGGAGCCCCGAGAAGAGCCCGAGUGCGCAGGAGCUCAAGGAGCAGGGCAACCGGCUCUUCGUGGGCCGCAAGUACCCGGAGGCGGCGGCCUGCUACGGUCGCGCCAUCACCCGGAAUCCCCUGGUGGCGGUGUAUUACACCAACCGGGCACUCUGCUACCUGAAGAUGCAGCAGCACGAGCAGGCCCUGGCCGACUGCCGGCGCGCCCUGGAGCUGGACGGGCAGUCUGUGAAGGCGCACUUCUUCUUGGGGCAGUGCCAGCUGGAGAUGGAGAGCUAUGAUGAGGCCAUUGCUAAUCUGCAGCGAGCCUACAACUUGGCCAAAGAGCAGCGGCUCAACUUUGGAGACGACAUCCCCAGUGCCCUGCGCAUCGCCAAGAAGAAGCGCUGGAACAGCAUUGAGGAAAGGCGCAUCAACCAGGAGAGCGAGCUGCACUCCUACCUCACGCGGCUCAUCACAGCUGAGCGUGAGAGGGAGCUGGAAGAGUGUCAGCGGAGCCACAGGGGUGAUGAAGACGAUGGUCAUCUCCGGACCCAGCAGGCCUGCAUCGAGGCCAAGCACGACAAGUUCUUGGCAGACAUGGAUGAGCUCUUCUCCCAGGUGGACGAGAAGAGAAAGAAACGAGACAUCCCCGACUACCUUUGUGGCAAAAUCAGCUUUGAGCUGAUGCGGGAACCCUGCAUCACACCCAGCGGCAUCACUUACGACCGCAAGGACAUCGAGGAGCACCUGCAGGUGAGGGAGGACCAGCGGGUGUUGGGGGCAGGGCCUGGAUCCACUGACCACCUUCUGACCCUGUUGUCACUACAGCGCGUGGGCCACUUUGACCCUGUGACCCGGAGCCCCCUGACCCAGGAGCAGCUCAUCCCUAACCUGGCCAUGAAAGAGGUCAUCGAUGCAUUCAUCUCCGAGAACGGCUGGGUGGAGGACUACUGAGGCAGGGCCAGUGCAAGGGCCACUCGCCCCGCUUUGCCCGGUAACCUGGCCCUGGAGGGCCUUGGGGCAGUAGCCCUGGCCCCUGUACAGAGUUCAUGUCCCUGAAUUCUUGCCCCAGUGUCCCCAUGCCACUCUCCGUCAGUUCUGAUGCUGGGCCAUCAGCCUCCCCUGUCCCCUUUCUGGGCUGGAAACAGCA